GAGAGGCAUGUGAAGAGCAUAUCAUGUGGCUCUAACUUUUCAUCAAGCAUAUGCAUCCAUAAAUGGGUCUCAGGAGCUGAUCAAUCAGUUUGCUCUGGUUGUCGUCAAGCAUUUGGUUUUACAAGAAAGAGACAUAAUUGUUACAACUGCGGUUUAGUACAUUGUCAUGCUUGUAGCUCCAAGAAAGCUUUGAAGGCUGCAUUAGCUCCAACUCCAGGGAAGCCACAUCGUGUAUGUGAUGCUUGUUACACAAAGCUUAAAGCUGGAGACUAUGUUUAUAACUCCAGUGUUGCUAAUAGAAACGCCUCGACUCCUACAAGGUCACUAGAUGGCUUGGUAAGACCAGACAGAGAAACAAGGUCGUCGAGAAUUUUGUUGUCCCCCAAAACUGAACCGGUCAAGUACUCUGAGGUUAGGUCAUCAAGAUCUGAAUCUUCUAUUGUAAGAGCCUCACAAGUCCCAGCUCUUCAGCAACUUAAAGAUGUCGCAUUUCCGAGCUCGCUUAGCGCGAUUCAGAAUGCAUUUAGACCCUCUUCCUCAUUGUCCUCAAGUACAAGAACAUCAAGAAGACAAACGGUUAGGAGUCCGAAACAGAAGUGUGAUCAUCAAGGUACAAAGAUCCAAAGACUAAAGAAAACAGCAAGAGAGGUUUCUGAAUUAGCUGUAAAGCAUUCUUCAAAGCAUAAGGCAGCAACAGAAGUCAUGAAAUCUGUCGCUGAACAUGUAAGCUACUUACUCAUUAUAUGGAUCAUAAAACAUUCUCAAAAGAUUACCGAAGCCUAUCUAAAUGCGAGUGAAGCAUCUAAAACAUCUUUACCUACAACUUUGGGUAUGGUUCAACAAGAUACAACCCUUUCUGCAAACACACAAGAGCAAAAACUAGAGCUACAAUCAUCAUCUAGUGGAGCUACCACGAUGUCUCAAGAACCUUCAAACAUAACUGAUGCAACUUCUCACCCGUCGGAUUCAAGACCACCAACGGAAGCUUCAUCACCACCAUCAAAAUCAGGAGGCAAGGAGAUUAUCGAACAAUUUGAGCCUGGUGUUUAUGUUACUUAUGUAUUGCACAAAAACGGCGGAAAGAUCUUUAGAAGAGUUAGAUUCAGUAAACGGAGAUUUGAUGAGCAUCAAGCAGAAGAAUGGUGGAAUAGCGAAAAAGUUAGGUUGCUUAAAAGAUAUAGUCAUCAUGUUUUAUCAUCAAGUCCUAGGGCUUCUGAUUCAGUUCCUACACUAGCUCCAAUUCUACCACCAGCAUCAUCUCCUACACAACCACAUUCUGGUGAAGCAGAGGAUUCCAAAAGCAGUUCU